AUGGGGGGCCAGGGCACACAUCUUCUCAAUGUGUUAUUGACGUCAUUCCUCUACACUCCUCCCUCUUUCUAUACAUUCAUUGAAUUCAUGGAUUUCAGCCAGCUCGACUACAUUCUCGAACACAUGGCAUCACGCUACAAGGUGGAUGCGCAGGAGGUGUUGGACAAAUGGUUGGAGAAGCUCCUCGAAGGUAUACCUUGCAUCGUUGGAGGGUUGACAGCGCUUCUCGGGACCCUCGAAGGACGAGGGGGAAACUUCCCAUGGAAGACCCUACCUACCGUUCUAGCCUGUCGUGGCUGUAUCCUCGAAAAAUACCCAGAAGACAUCCUUAUGCCCGGCGAGAGACGUUCAACCCUUGCAAAAAGCAAGGGUAUACACGACCUUACUAUCCAUGAGCGCUUCAAACUUGCGGAUGCCCUCAAGAAUGAUGCCCUCACCUGUAAAUCUGUCGCAACAGACGCCCUCAAAAGUCUUACGGCCUCACGUGUCCCUGUCAUUGUUGGAGAAGCGCCCAUCGCAAAGUCUCUUCACACUCGUGGGCGACGAGGGUUUGCCAAUGGAUGGAUUGAUAGGUUUGGCCUGACCCAUCUGGGCAACACUUCUCCUUCAAAAUCUGGUGCCACGUCAUCUAAUCGGCGCAGACUCCAUGUAUUCGUAGAAGUCCCACUUGCACCACCCUCCUGGAGGUUGAAGGCAAUUCAGCAAUGUUCACCGGUCACUGAACCCAAUCACAGCGACCUUGUCCCAGAGAUCACCACCAUCAAGGACGGCACUAUUAAUGAUGACGAUGCAGUCAGCAAUGCCACUAGCAAGGACGAAGGAGACAUCAAUGAGCUUUUCAGUUCGCAGCUGCAGGAACAAACAUGA